AGAUUCACUUGCACGGAACACCGCCGUGGUUUCACAUCUCUCUCUCUCUCUUUCUCUCUCUCUCUUUCUGAAUUUGCCUUCUUUAUAAUCCCCCAUUUGUCAUUUCUCCCAAAAUCCCUCACAUCUCCGAACACCAUUUGAAGCGAGCCAGCAAUCAAGAACCGAACAGAAGAGGAAAAAGAAGCUCAGAGGUUCAGAAAUGGAGUCCCCCACACUCCCAGCAAGAAGAAAGCAUUGUUUCAUGGAAGAAGACGAUGGACUUGCCUCCAUAGUCCCAGAUCUCGAGCCCCCCUUCCCUGCAAAUCAUAACACUAACACUAAUCUCAUCUCCAGGCCCCUCUAUUUACAGAGGAGGAGAAGCAGCUUCCUAAACCUCUCUUCUUCUUCUUCUUCUUCUUUGGUCCCUUCUCCUAGCCCUAGAUAUGGUGGUGGUGGAAGGGUGUUCUUGAUUGAUGGUAGAUUUGAAGAUGUGUUGCCCCUCCCCCAUUUCCUGGACUCCUGUUUUCUCUGCAGAAAGCCCCUGGGGAACAUGGAUAUCUUCAUGUACAGAGGGGACACGCCGUUCUGCAGUGAAGAGUGCAGGCAAGAACAGAUAGAAAUGGAUGAAGCAAAGGAGAAAAGAUGGAAUCUUUCUGCUUCCAUGAAAGCAAGAAAGAAGGAUCAGAAAAGAACUUCUUCUUCUCCUACAAAAACCUCUGAACAAGGCUACACUUUGGGCACUGUUGCUGCUGCCUAACCAUAUAUCAUACAAAUGAAUAAAAUAAAAAAAAAACUAAAAAAAAAUAGAAAAGAGAAGAAAAUCCCUUCCAGGAAGGGAGAAAAAGAAGAAAUAUUAAAUAUACAUAUGAGGACUUUUUCCUUUUAUUUAUUUUUCCUUUUUUCUUUCUAGCAUAUCAGAAUGUACAUGGGGUGAUAAAGAGGUGCUGUUUUGGCUGUGGAAAAAAAAAAAACAAGUGUGAUGGCCCCUCUUCUUCUAUGGUGGCUUGCCAAAGUGUUUUUUUCUUUGGUUCCCUCUGUAGGCAAUGAUAAGAAGUAAUGAUAAAACAGCUUUGGACUC